CUUUUUACAUCGAAGUAGCAAUUUUGUACAAAUGACCCAAUAUACGAAGAAAGAAGCCUCAACUGUUUCCACUUUACACUGAGCUCACUCUUCCUUCUUCGAAAAAAAUGGAUACCUAUGUUUUGCAAUUAGCCAUGGCGGCUCUCGUCGGAGCUUCUACCGUGGCCAUCUCCGCUUAUUUUUUGCACCGUAAGACACUCCUACAGCUUCUCGAGUUUGCUCGCGACGGUGAUGAUCGUGAUGAAGAUGCCGACCUUGUCGCCGCUGCCGAUGAUUUGCCUAACCGUAUCCCUGGCGGCGGACGUGGAAGGAGGAAGUUGAAUGGAUAUCUCCGGCAAGGCUCUUCGUCGCUGCCGGAUGUCAUGAUGAUGUCUGAAGGCGAGGAAAGGAGAAAUGGACAGGUUUCGGUCCAAGGGAUUCCGGCUGGAUUGCCGCAGCUGCAUGCGGUUCAUCAAGGUACCCCGAAGCGAAAAAUCACUCCCAAGUCUCCUGUAGCAAGUGCUAGUGCCUUCGACAAUGUUGAAGAAUCAGACGAUGAUGAUGUUGCUGACCAUACUAAACUAGAUACUACAUAUCUUCACACAAAUGGAGAUGUGGGACCAGAAGUUAAAAACCAAAAUCAGCCUUUACCUGAUUCUGUAAAUGCUAAUGGAGAGCAGAUGCCAGUUGCAGUUUCAAGUAUGAUCCAUUCUCACAGUGUUUCUGGUGACCUGCAUGGUGUGCAGCCUGACCCAAUUGCAGCUGAUAUUCUAAGAAAAGAGCCAGAGCAUGAAACUUUUGCUCGACUUAUAAUUACUCCUCUUGAGGCUCCAUUACCUGAUGAAGUGGAAGCCUACAUGGUGCUUCAAGAAUGCCUUGAAAUGAGAAAAAGAUAUGUCUUUACAGAAGCAGUUGCUCCAUGGGAAAAAGAGGUUAUAUCUGAUCCCGGCACUCCCAAACCUAACCCAGAGCCAUUCUUUUACGCCCUUGAAGGAAAAUCUGAUCACUACUUUGAAAUGCAAGAUGGGGUUGUUCACGUAUAUCCAAAUAUAGAUUCAAAACAAGAACUUUAUCCUGUUGCAGAUGCAACAACCUUUUUCACUGACCUCCAUCAUAUAAAUCGAGUCGCAGCAGCGGGGAACAUAAGAACUUUAUGCUAUCACCGGCUUAAUCUUCUGGAACAACAAUUCAUUCUUCAUUUGAUGCUAAAUGCGGAUAAGGAAUUUCUUGCCCAAAAGAGUGCUCCUCAUCGAGACUUCUACAAUGUUAGGAAAGUUGAUACUCAUGUCCACCACUCAGCAUGCAUGAACCAGAAACAUCUUUUAAGGUUUAUAAAAUCUAAGCUAAGGAAAGAACCUGAUGAGGUCGUAAUAUUUCGAGAUGGGACUUAUCUGACCUUGAAAGAAGUUUUUGAGAGUCUGGAUUUGACUGGAUAUGACCUCAAUGUUGAUCUUUUGGAUGUUCAUGCAGACAAGAGUACAUUUCACCGCUUUGACAAAUUCAAUCUUAAGUACAAUCCCUGUGGUCAAAGUAGGCUCAGGGAGAUAUUCCUGAAACAGGAUAAUCUCAUACAAGGUCGUUUCCUUGCCGAGGUGACAAAGCAAGUAUUUUCUGAUCUUGAAGCCAGUAAAUAUCAGAUGGCUGAGUAUAGAAUAUCAAUAUAUGGUAGGAAACAAAGUGAGUGGGAUCAACUUGCUAGUUGGAUAGUGAAUAAUGAACUCUACAGCCAGAAUGUGGUUUGGCUGAUUCAGCUUCCAAGGUUGUACAAUGUGUACAAAGAAAUGGGAAUUGUGAUGUCAUUCCAGAACAUCCUUGACAAUAUCUUUAUUCCACUUUUUGAGGUUACCGUGGACCCAGAUUCACAUCCUCAGCUACAUGUUUUCUUGAAACAGGUGGUUGGGUUGGAUUUGGUUGAUGAUGAAAGCAAGCCUGAAAGACGGCCAACCAAACACAUGCCUACACCUGCUCAAUGGACUAACAAAUAUAAUCCAGCAUUUUCAUACUAUGUCUACUACUGUUAUGCCAAUCUUUACACCUUAAACAAGCUUCGUGAGUCGAAGGGAAUGACAACAAUUAAGUUACGUCCACAUUGUGGAGAGGCUGGCGAUGUUGAUCAUCUUGCUGCAACCUUUCUUACUGCUCAUAACAUUGCACAUGGAAUUAAUUUGAGAAAAUCUCCCGUGCUUCAGUAUUUGUAUUAUUUAGCUCAGAUUGGGCUGGCAAUGUCUCCCCUUAGCAAUAACUCCCUAUUCUUAGAUUACCAUAAGAAUCCUUUUCCGAAGUUCUUCUUGAGGGGUUUGAAUGUAUCACUUUCCACUGAUGAUCCGCUCCAAAUUCACUUAACAAAGGAACCAUUGGUUGAAGAAUAUAGCAUAGCUGCUUCUGUGUGGAAAUUGAGCUCAUGCGAUUUAUCAGAGAUUGCUCGGAAUUCAGUUUACCAGUCAGGUUUCUCACAUGCCUUAAAGUCACACUGGAUUGGCAGUGAGUAUUACAAGAGAGGGCCAAAUGGAAAUGACAUUCACAAAACAAAUGUUCCUCACAUCCGAUUGGAAUUCCGUGACACGAUUUGGAGAGGUGAAAUGCGACUGGUUUAUUUGGGCAGAGCCAACAUUCCUGAUGUAGUAGACAAAUAAUAUAACAUGACGGUGGCUUGUCCUCCAUCCACACUCGAAUAACCAAGCUGCUAACAGAUUGAAAAUGAGUUUCCACACCCACUGAGCAUUGACAAUGGUGUCUGAGAACCCUAUUCAAUGGUUAGGUUUGGAACACAUGUAAUACUAAGGCUGUGGACGUUAAAAGAUUUGUUCGAGGGUAUUCAUCAUCACUGAGCUUCAGCAAGACUUGCAGAACUACAAAUCAUCACGGUCCACCCGGGAAAGUCCUUUCUCUUAGUAUUAACGUGCUCGAGUGUUUUAAAUUAUUAGAUUACCAAUAACUGGAUAGAUGCAUAAAGCAAUGGAUACUUGUUGCCCUUGAAACUAUAUAAUUAUAGUACUGCAAUGAGAGAAAUUAGCUUUCUCAAAUUUUGAUCCCUAUGUUCUUAAGGAGCUUUUUCAUUGGAAGAUGAAGAGUCUCCUCAGUUUUGCCAUGCAAUGUAAUAAUGAUUGUGAGAGUUAUGAUGAAAUUUUGCGAUGAUCUAACAAUUGAAUCGAGUAAUCGAGUAAUCAGUGCACAUUUAUAUUUUAUUAGUAUAUUUUGACAUAUUUGAGCAAUAG